AUGAGAGCAGUGUGGUUAAAGCGGCCAGUCCUCUUACUCGGGGGGAUUGGGGUCGUCCUCUGCAUAGGCAUAUAUCUAAAGAGUGGAUAUGAUCAAAGGACCGACAAAGGACACAGGAGUUUGUAUGACCUGGAGGAAAGCAUCAGCAAUCUCCACAAUGUACUCAGAGUGUUUGAGCAAAAGCAGGAUGCCAUGCAGAAAUUGCUCGAAGAGGACCGAGGUAGAAGGAGAGAAGCUGAAGAGGUCAAACAACCACCAGUCAAAGAGCAGCCACGGCAGGAAGUACAACCUGAAGCAAAGAUCCAGGAUCAAAAGGAGCCCCUCAUAGAGAAAAAGUCUAAACUGUUCCCUGACUCCACCCUGUUCAAGGAGUGGGGGGAGAAUCUGUCUGAGGAUGACCAAAAAGAGGCACAGGCUUUGUUUGUGAAGUAUGGAUACAACGUUUUUCUCAGCGAUCGCCUUCCUCUAGAUCGAGCUCUUCCUGAUACGAGAGAUCCGAGGUGUGUGAAAAAGAGUUACCCAAAGGACCUGCCAAGUCUCGGAGUGGUGCUGAUCUACCUGAAUGAGGCCUUGUCUAUCCUCAAAAGAGCCCUGCGUAGCAUCAUAGACCGCACCCCUAAAAACCUGCUGAUGGAGAUAAUAAUGGUGGAUGACAAUAGCUCUAAUGAAGACCUAAAGGGGGACCUUGACAUUUACGUGAAGUCCCUUGAGGAGCAGAAUCCAAGUCUCCGUAUUGUAAGAGUGAGGCACAAUGAGCAACAGGGCCUUGCUUUCGCUAGGGCUUCUGGGUGGAGGGCUUCUACCGCUGAUGUGGUGGCCAUCCUGGACGCACACAUCGAAGUCCAUGACAUGUGGGCUGAACCCCUGCUGACACAGAUCAAAGCUGACCGAACAGUGGUGGUGUCCCCUGUGUUUGACAGAGUCAACUUUGAUGACCUCACGGUUACUCCAUAUCUUCCAGCAUCACACGCCUUUGACUGGGCUUUAUGGUGCAUGUAUGAGAGUUUUACGCCCGAGUACUACAAACUCAAUGACGGCUCAUUGCCUGGAAAGAGUCCGUCCGUCAUGGGUAUCCUCGUUGCUGACAGGAAGUUUCUAGGAGAAAUUGGAGUCCUCGAUGAAGGAAUGAAAGUGUACGGCGGAGAAAAUGUUGAGCUGGGAAUUCGGGUGUGGACGUGUGGAGGCAGUAUUGAAGUAGUUCCAUGCUCCAAGAUCGCCCACAUCGAGAGAGCCCACAAGCCCUACAUGCUGGACCUGAGCCCGGCCAUGAAGAGAAACGCCCUGAGGGUAGCAGAAAUCUGGAUGGAUGAAUACAAACACAACAUCAACUUGGCUUGGAACUUGCCAUUCGAGAAUCACGGAAUUGACAUAGGUGAUAUCUCUGAGAGGAAAAAACUCAGGGAAAGGUUGAACUGUAAACCUUUCAAAUGGUACCUGGAAAAUGUCUAUCCCAAGUUGGACCCCUGGGACAACCUACUUGCCUAUGGAGGAAUGAAGAAUCUCAAUGCUAACAUGUGCAUAGACCAAGGCCCAGUGCCAGGUCACACACCCAUCGCUUACAAUUGUUACUACUAUGGACCUCAAAUGACUUAUUACCGCGCAACUGGAGAACUCUACAUCGGCGGCAUCAAGUCCCACAAGUACAAUGACAACCGGUGUUUGACUGACGUCGGCAAAAAAGAAACUGAGCCUGGCCUUUACAACUGCAAAGAGGCUAUGCAGAAAGGAAUGGGGAUUUACUGGGACUUCACUCAGGGCAAAGAACUGAAGAACAAAGAGACGAAAAGAUGUCUGGAGAUUAAAAACAGCAAACUUAUAAUACAAGAAUGCUCUGGCCAAAGAUGGGAAAUCCAAAACAUAAUCAAACCCUUUUGAGUGUGUGUGCAUGUGCGAACAACAAGAAGUUCUCUCCUCAUCAGCAGAUCACAACACCUGGAUGUGUAAAAUGUAGGGGUGUGACGAGAUCUCAUGAGAUUAAAACAGGAUGAGAUUUCUCGUCUGGUUAAAAGCUGAAUUGCGAGAGACUGCUGCUUUUUCACAGCUCCAGUUCUGGAAGUAAUAUGUGCUGUGCCAUCUCAGGCUCUUAUUUUUUAAUUUACAUAAUCAACUUGCAUAUUUGUGUUUCGUCAGAUAGAUAGAUAGAUAGAUAGAUAGAUAGAUAGAGACUUUAUUGUCAUUGCACAUAAAAUACAACGAGAUGCAGUUCAGAGCCAACCAUUGAACUUAGCAGCUUCUAUAAAUAAAUAAAUACGCCAUAAAAGGAUUGCAAAAAAUAAUAAAAUGAAGCAAUAAAAUGUUACAAUAAGAGUGUUUGGAAAGUGGGAAUAUUGACUAGUUUACUUAUAUACAUGGCUGAAUAUGUUCA